CCAGAUUUCGGACUCGAACUCCGAGGAGUGCACGAAGCCGGAGACCUACGACUUCUUUUUAGGAUCCGAAGUGUCGUACAUUCUCGUGCUGAUCUUUUUGCUCGGACUUUGCUUUGCAACUGUGGUUGCGGUGAAGGUCAUGGCUGUUAUGAAAAUAAAACGCCACACCAAGAAAGCAUUUUCGUCGCUCAAAAUCCAGGAAGGUUCUCACAAAGCAAAAGAGCGCGUGAACCUGAGGGAGAGCCGCUACGUGGUGGUGCGGCUGGAGCAAGAGUCCCGUCGCAUCGAAGUGACCGGGACAGGGCAAGAGCGAUUGCGGAUCAUCGAUCUUAGAAAUGUGCAAGAGAUGAAGGUUCGUCACCUCCAGGAUUUCACACAGAUGGUAAUCUGUGUAUCUAACCAUUAUGAUCUGUUUCUGAGGUUUGAAGAUGGUUGGCAUGCAAAGAGACUACACAAGGAGUUGACUGAAUUUUGCCAGAACCUCGGCAUAAAUGUAACUUUGAGCCCCGAGUCCAAAACCUCGCUACAGUUUGGCAUAGUUACAGUGAAGCAGAGGGAAAAACAGCUGGCUGAUUUUUCAAGGGUUGUCCUUUCCAACGCAUUUGGAUCCAGCAAGCAAGCAGACUUGGCAGCAAACCUAAUUGCCAUGGGUAGUCACAACAAAAAUUACUUCCUAUCCAUGGAACUUACGCAGGUAGAGCUCGCCAACCAAUUGGGGAUGUUACCUGACUCCGUAUUCGUUAAACAGCUUUUUCGGCUGAUGGACCAGGACGGUAAUGGUUUUAUUACGCUUAAGGAAUUUUGGGACGUGAUGGUUGUGUUCGCUCGCGGGAAGCCAGAGGAGAAAGCUAAACUCAUCUUCAACAUCUACGACCUUUCCCGCACAGGCCAGUUGUCUGCGCCCGACUUGGUAGGCAUGGUCAGGUCUACCCUGGGAAGCGAAAGCAAGAACCAAGACCUCAAUAACAUUGUGCAGACAAUGUUGCAGUCAGUUGGCGUCAGUGUUGACCAGCCCAUCAACUUUGAACAGUUCCAAAAGAUAUUCAAUACGAGGAGUGACGUCUUUAACCAUGUACAGAUUAAUGUGGGGGAGAUGUCGCGUAAAAGCAAUUCUCGCUUCAGCUUGUAUGGUGAGAUCCCCACUGGAGGUUUCGCUGCCGAGGCGGCCCGGAAGGAGUAUGACGAAGCCCGACAGGAAGUGCUGACCCAGGAGGAAAAUGAUGACGUUCCAAAGGGCAAAUUCUGGUUGGGUGUUGAACUGUCCGAGAGCCUUCGGUCCAUCGUGAACAAUAUCAAGAACAAGCAACAGACCUUUUUCUGGGGAACAUUGUAUACUAUCGUAAUGUUGCUCAUAUUUGCCGAGAGGGCAUAUUAUUACAC